UUGGUGAGAGAGAUUUUCCAAGAAUGUCGUCUGUGUUCGAGUGUCCUCGCCCUUAUGGGAUUUCGGUUUCGGGCAUCAUGUUUAAUAAAGAAGGAGACCCAUAUCGCGUGAACCCUAUAACAGGCAAGCCCUAUUUCGUUGACCCAUCUCUCUUACCGCCGGGUGAGCUGAGGAAGCUGCUGGGGUUGCCCCCUUCCGAUGAUGAUGAUUAUGUUGAUGAUGUUGAUUAUACACUGCCGCCCAUCAUAGAACCUUUUACCAUUCCUGACUUCCCCGUACCAUCGGGCCCGCCAUUGGAAUCUCUAAGAUAUCCUAUAUACGAGAAGAUUACACCUCGGCACUUACUUGGCAAAGUUGGACUUCAUUGCUACAAUCUUCAAAAGGGGACAAACUUCCAAUAUUUGUGUGGAUCUGGGAGUAUCCACAAGGAUACUGGAAUAUUUACUUCCCUGUUACGCAAUUCCAAUAGCCAACUCGAAUCAAGGGUUCUGUAUAAUGAGGUUGAGGAGAAACGUUGCUCGACUAUGAUUACAACGCUCUGCAGGCUUAAGCCUCCAGAGGAGGAGGAGGAGGUGGAACGCGACCUAUGUGCGGCCUUUGACAGACUUGCCGUGGAUGAUUUCUUCAAAGGUGACAUUUCCGAUUGGGUGCCUGACGGUGCCACUGAUAAUCUCCAAUACUACGAGAUGAAAGAAUCAGACGUGGAAGAACACAAGCAAUGGCUUCAUCUGUAUGCGGAACUUGCAUUCUUUACCACGUUAGACCGUUUCCUGGACGAACUGAGGUGGGCACAACCAUUUGAGCUGAGAAAGAUCAUUGUGCAAACCAGAGAAUAUGUGGAGCCGAAGAAGAAGGCCAAGGCCGAGAAUGCAAUCUUCUACAUUUCCUUCAAAACCCGUGGCGGCGGUGAAAACUACAAUGCUAUCAUAAGGAGAACAAUGGAUGGAACGCCAGAUCAUAUGUCGCUUGAAGUCAAGUGUUUUAAGAUGUGAAAAGUCCACCAUUAUGUAUCAAUCAAAGUAUCAUAUCUUCCCAUUAUGUAUUCUGAGGUCUUUCUUUGAAGAAAGUACCAUGGAUAGAGCGUUGAAUAAGUUUGUGUGGUUUAAGUGUCUCUUUGUCUUUCAAGAUAUUAUGUAUCGUGGUCUUUGAAUAACUUUUAUGUGUGUUAGUCUUGUCUCUCAAGACAUUAUGGCAUAGACAUUAUGGAAUGUGGUGGUCUUUGAAUAAGUUUAUGUGAGUUACGUGUGUUUUUGUG